GCAAAUGUGCAAGUCACGUGACACGUGUCAAAGAAAGCUGCAAAGAAAUUAUAUCAAGACGUAAAAUGGAAAACGAAAUGAAUUCAACUCCUCCUCCUCUUGCAAACGUUGGAUUGCACAGCAAUCGUAGUGUAACUGAGAUACGUAAUCGCCGUUUCAAGGCGCCCAAAAAGCUGGUGACCUAUUCCACAGAAGAUGAGUUGUUUGUGCCGCGUCCACAGUUCAAAAAGAACCUCAAAGCUAACCAGGAAGUGAAGAAAGGAGACGAAGAGAUGAUGACCAAUAACCUAGAGGGACCGAACUCCACAUCCCUUACACCAAGAAAAACAAACCUAGCCGAGGAGCAGAAAAUGGAGGUGGAAGACGGUGAGAACUUGGUGUCCAAUGAUCCCAUUGAUCCGAGUUCAUCCCAAUUUGGCAGACUAAGGAACCUCCUGAAGGCGAACUCGGCGAAGAGGUGGCUAUUGUGCGAGUUCGGUGACUUCGAGGACUCGUCGUCCAAGCUGGAUUACGACUUGGGUAGCUUCAUGGAGGAGUACUAUCCACAGUUGAAGACUCGCUUCCUGCCCCGCCGUGGAUGGCAGCUGAUCCGCCGCAGUUUGGGCAAAGCUCGCCGCUUUUCGUCGGCCUUUAUCGAAAGGGAACUUAAGGAAAUGAGGGUUUCCCCCAUCUUGGAGCCGGAGCAAUACAAUGCUAAUUUUGUUCACAGCAACAAGCUACUGGAGUCCAUUGUGUCGGUGAAGAAACUAUUGGCCCUCAAGAAGAAGACUCUGUUGGAGAUUGCCCUCAAGAAUGAAGAGAUUGCGGCUAUCGAGGACUCCAGAACCUGGAGCACUUCCUAUCAACGCGAUACCAAGGCAAUGUUUCAACGUUGCCUUUCAACCCUUUAUCGUGUGAAUGAAGAUAUUGUGGCACCGAUGACUGUUCUUCACGAACACUUGUUGCAAUGUCGCAAUCAGGACAUGGAGAAGGAAACAAGUGUUCCCACCGCCAUCGAGAUCUACAUCAAAUGUUUCAACAAGGCCGAGUUGGAUCUUCAGGUAGCUCUGAGGAAUAAAUCCGUUACAUCUUUCGACCGAGAUUUGGUUCACGCUCUUCAAACCAUUUUAUAUGUCACCGGUGAACUGGGAGGCCCGAACAGCGCCGAAUUACUGGGCAUCCUGGACAAACUCUUCUCGGAUUUAUUGGAAAGUCUUCCUCCGGAUUUGUGUGCCCAACUUAAGCAGACGAUGGAAGUAUUGGAACCUUGCCGCAAACGUAUAAAUGAAUUUUUCAAGAUUGUUCCAAAGGAGGAACCAAAGGAGGAUAUCUAAAAGGAUAUCAGUCGCUUCGCACUGAGCUUGAGCCUAUGAAUAUAGCUUUUAAUUA